GGAAAAUUAAUUCAUUGAGCAACUUUACGAGUAACUCAAAAAAAUGCGAUUUAUUUGUAUUGCUGCAUUAAUUUUCUGUGUGUCCGUCACAUGUAGUUGGGGUGACAAAAGUAACAUAGCCGACGAUAAACAAGAUGUACCAUGCAUGGGAUGCGAGAAUCCUGAGAAUCCAAACAAACUACAAUACAGAGAAAUGGCUGGAAAUGCCCUCAGAAAAUACCUUCAGCGAAAGGGUAUUACUCAACUUUACCGAGUAUUGCAAGUUAAGCAUGUGACCGAGCAAGUUGUUGCAGGAUUGAUUACAAGAAUCGAUUUUGCCGCAACGCCAGUUAUUUGUUCUCCCAACGGCGUGCUUGCACCUUACUGGUACAGUGCUAUAGAAUGCCAUUCAGAGACAUUACAACAGUUCUGGUUACAUCACGAAAGCAUAAAAAUAUCUUGCCGCCCAUUAAUCCAAAAUCCUGUUACUAGUAAGAACUAAUUUAUUUAUCUCUACAAAUUUGAUUUGUGUUUUUCUCUUCCGGAUGAUAACUUCUAUGUUAUGAAAAUUUAAAAUAUUUCUUCGACAUUGCGAAUCUUACUUAAAAACAAAAUAAAACUUAUCACA